UAGUGAGAGGAAACAAAUAACAUUUACCCUACCCUAACUGAAUUGAUUUUCAAUCUUGCAAAUAAUCAGCUAAACCUGUCAUAGCUUAUUUUAUGUGGAAUGUUUUCUUUCCCAUUUAAUUAUGAGAGUUUACCUUGACUGGUUGAUACCUCUUGGUUUGCAAGUCCCCCAAACUUUAGUGAAAAAUGCCGGGAUAUCAGCAGAUCUCUUGUCUGUGUUGCUAUUGUAAGAUCAUGUCAUUUUUUUUAAUUGUAUAUCAUCCUGUGUAGCAGUCUUCUUUCAUUUCUUUUCAUUGUUUUUAGAGGUGUCUGGCUGUAGAGUGAAUGUCAUCUACCAUCUCAUCAUGGGAAUACCACCUACUUUGAAACCACACACACCUGCCAUGUAAAACACAGCGUCCCCUGUUUUGCCUCCCACUGGGACACGUGCUCUGAGAAACCUUUUUAUUAGUAUUUGCAGUCCUGUAUUAAAUUCACCAUAGCUGGUUGGCUUAGCUGAAGUACUGCUGUAUUUGGCGCGGGUAACCUUGAGCAUAUCUGUAGGCCACGUCUGUAACUGGUGCUCCAGUACUGAGGUUGACACAGCCGCUAUAAUCGGAGAAGUGUCCCUGGCUGGUACACCACACAGUUUCUGGGUCAGUCCUCAGCCCUCUGAGAGGGGCCCAAUCCACAUGAGCAACAGAGGAAGACAGAGAGUGAGGGUGGGAGAGAGAGAGGGAAUGGUAUUUAUAGAAAAAUGGGGCUUCGCAGUACCUUUUCUUGCAAAGAACCAUUUCAGGACCAAGUGAGCGUGUCCCAGUUUUCAGAUCGUUGCUCAGCCAUAGGGUUUGGACUGAGGCUGAGGCUGAGGCUGGACCACCUCACCCAGGAUGGAGAGCCUGACUUUCGGACGCUCUCCUCCGGCCUCCCUCUCCUCGCCUGCAGACCGCUGGUUGUCUGAUUGAGAACAGGGGGAGGCACUGGUCCAGAUAACCUAUAGAUGUGACCUUUUAGGUACACUUCUUUUCGCCUAGCUGGGUAGAGGCUUUUGGAGGCAGCGAGCUCAGGUGAGGAGCAGCACAAGGGUGUCCGAGGGCACUCUUUGGCUGCAUCAACCUCCAGGUCGGGGGUGAAGGGAGGCUGGCUGGAACGUGCCCUGCCGCAAGCCGGGCAAGGAUGAGGCGUUUCCUGAGCAGAAAGGGCCGCUUCUCCCUGCGCCAGAGCAAGUCUGGGACCCGGAGUGCCUCCAAAGAUUUCUGUAAGUCUGUUUCUCUGAGUCAUGGCUUUUACAUGAUAAAUCUGAAUCUAAAUAUAAACAACCUGGGCCUCCCAGCCACCAAUCAGAACUGGCCUGAGGCGUUUGGCUUCCGACUCGGUGGCACUGGGCCCAGCUACAUCCUGUCCGUGGUGGAGGGCAGCAGUGCCUACCUAGCUGGCCUGCAGCCUGGGGACCAGGUGGUGGAUAUCGAGGGCCAGGAUGUGACCAACCUCAGCACACCGGCAUUGAUCGCUCUGGCUCAGACCCUCAAGACGGUGCCACCCAGCAUCGGAGUGGUGUCACGCAUUGAACAGAUUGACAUCACUCCCGGCCCAGAUGGUCGUUUUGGAUUCACUAUCGUUGGAGACUGUCCUCUGAUGGUGGAGGACUGCAUGCCCAACGGCCCCGCCGGUCGCAGUGGCCUCAAGGUCGGGGACUACGUCAUGGAGGUCAACGGCAUCCCAGUGAAGCACCAUGAAACAGCAGCAGCCAUGAUCAAAGCAGCACAGGGUCGGCCUCUGCGUCUGGGCGUGCUUAGUAUGGCCCGGCGGCCCAAGCGACUGAGCAGCAGCAUGAGGGUGUUGUCGCAGAGUGGAGACAGCGUCAGGGAGAGUCGCGCCCACAAGGCCAUGGAGUUCAAUAAGAAGGUGGAGGAAGUGCUAGGAGAGGAGCCAGACGUGAAGGAACAGCUGUUUGAGGUGCUCAAGCAGUUCGCUGCUGAGAGGGAUGUUGAGAGUCUGGCUGAGGCCCUGCCCGACAUCUUGAUCACGGAGGAGCAUCAACAGCUGAUUGACAGCGUCAGGAUCUUCAUUCCCAAGAAGCACCGGGAGCGUUUUGACGAGGUGGUCUCCCAAAGUCUGAUGAGCCGGCUGAAAGGGCGGAGCUUCAGUGACCCUAGCCGUAACCACCUUCGCCGCAGCCGGAGUGAGGAUCACCCCGAACGCCUUCUGGUCUCCACCCGUGCCAGUUCGGUGCCACGCACCCACGCAGAGGAAGGCGUGGUCCCCCCUGCCCGCGGCAUGCGCAAGACCACCUCACUCAUAGCUGGGCACUCCAGUGGCUCCACCACCAACUGCAGGACAGUGAGAGUUUGUAAGGGCAACAUGAGUUUUGGCUUCACUCUUAGAGGACAUGCUCCAGUUUGGAUUGACUCUGUCAUCCCCGGAAGCCCAGCAGACAAGGCAGGUCUAAAACCAGGAGAUCGCAUCCUGUUUCUCAAUGGACUGGACAUGAGAACCUCCUCCCAUGAGAAGGUGGUGUCCAUGCUCCAGGGCAGUGGUGCCAUGCCCACUCUGGUAGUGGAGGAUGGUCCGCCCACUUUCACCCUGGCAGAGCAGGACCUUGCUGGGGGCGGCGUUCCCACAGAAUGUGCCCGCUCGCCUGUGCUCAGCUCCCUGCAGUGGGUGGCAGAGAUUCUGCCCCCCAGUAUUCGGGUUCACGGCCGCACCUUUGGCCAGCAGCUGGAGCACCUGCUGACCAUCCAGGAGAGGUACACCAUCUGCAAGGCUCUGGAGAACUUCUUCCAGCACAGGAAUGUUGACACUCUGAUCGUGGAUGUGUUCCCGGUGCUGGAUACUCCAGCCAAACAGGUGAUCUGGCAAUUUGUUUACCAGCUGCUGACAUAUGAGGAGCAGGAACACUGCCAGAGCAAGAUCUCACGCUUUCUCGGAUUCAAAGCGCCAGUUCCACCACCACCACCACCUCCUCCCCCUCCUCCGGAGCCUGAGGUUGCCCCCGAGCCCCAUCGACGUAGCAGCUCCAUGAGGGUGACAGGGACCACGUACAGGAGCAGUGUGAGGGGACGUAGCUCUGAUGACCUGGUCAUUGGCACACACUUGGGCAUGGGCCUCCGUUCAGAGCCGGUGCUGGAGACAGGGAUGAGGUUGGCACCAGGGGAGAGACAGUCAGGAGACGGUACUUCCCUUCCUGAGACUCCCAACAAUCUUACCAAUCUGUCAGCAGUGUACGCUGAACUGGAGAACAUGUAUUCAUCCAAGAGGUCCAAGUCACUGAAGAGUCGUCCUCCUCCUGCCCCUGAGAGUUUGCUGGAUCUGGAGCCUCCCUCACGCACAGCCUCCCCUACAAUACAUGCUAACACAGGUAGCCGUAAAGGCCCCCACCCGCCUACAUCCUGGCCGGAGCCUCUCCCCAGUCCCCCUGCAGCCCAGUUCUAUCCAUCAGGGCUGACGAGCCAGACCAGUGGGGAGUCCAACCCCUACAUCAGCCUGGACAGCCCCCCUCCAUCACCUCCAGAGCCCCCUGACUACCCAUCUAGUCCCCCCACCCACCGCAGCACCAAGCGGCGUUACACCUUCUCCAAACCACCACGCUCAGAAGACACAGAUCGCUUUCUGGAUGCACUGAGUGAGCAGCUGGGACAGAGGGUGGCCAUCGUUGAUGACUUCCUGACUCCGGAGAAUGACUACGAGGAGGAUGUUGUGCAGAUGGGCUUCCCAGAUGAGGAGGAUGAGGAUAAUGAAGAGGAAUUGGGGGUGGACGAAGAUGAAAAUGGAGGAUUUGUAGCCCCAGAGCUCAGCAGCCCGAGUGAUGUUCAAAGCAGCAGUGGAGAAGAGAAUGCAUCCUCCCUCACCUACUCUUCAUCCUCUGACCACAUCCCUCCUCCACCAAUGACGCCUCCGCCACCCCCACCUGUUCAGUUUAAUGACCCGCCUCCUCCCCCUCCGGCACCUGCGCAGGCUCCGUCUCAGCACCAACAACAGCAACAGCAGCAACAUCUUAGCUACACCCCUGAACACUCCCCGAGAGCAUAUGUGCCCAUCCGCCGGAAAUCUGGCCCACCUCCCCCACCUCCACCCCGCAGUAAUCCACCACCUAAACGCCACUCCUUACAUAAAGUGCUGCCCACAAGAGAGGACUUACAGGUUCAUGCUACCAUACAAGAGUUAAAAGCCUUCCAAGAGCAACAAGCCUACCAGGAAAGACAAGCCUAUGAGGAGCAACAAGCAUAUAAAGAGAGGCAGGCGUUUGAGGAGCAAAAAGCCUAUGAAGAACAACAACUGUUUCAAGAGCAGCGGGCUUACCAGGAACAGCAGGCCUAUCAGGAGAAAAUUUUCAAAGAGAGACAGGCGUAUGAAGAGCAGAAGGCGUAUGAGGAGCAAAAAGCUUUCGAAGAGCAACAAAUGUACCAAGAGCAACAAUCCUACCAAGAAAGGCAAGCAUAUGAACAGCGCCAAGCCUACCAGGAACAAAAAGCGUACGAACAGCGUCAAGCCUACAAGGAGCAAAAGGCAUUUGAGGAGCUUCAAGCCUACCAGGAGAAAAAAGCUUAUGAAGAGCGUAAAGCUUACGAGGAGCAAAAAGCAUAUGAGGAGCGUCAAGCCUACGAGGAGCAACAAGCAUAUCAAGAGCAACAGAUGCAACAGAUUUACCAGAGCCACCACUCAAUGCCUAACCAGCCAACACAGCAGAAAUCCCACUCACCACUGCCUCUCCAACAGCUCCAUCAGUCCUUACCCCCACUCCCCUCUCCAGACUCCCACCACCCUAACCAUCCUCUGUAUAUGAUGCGCCAAGCACAGCAGCAACAGGCCCACCAGAGUCAUCACCACCGACGUCAGUCCCGUUCAGCCCCGUCUCCACACCAGCCGUCACCCCAACCAACAGCUCACUCCAGCCAACAAGGUCAGUAUGCUGAGGGCAUCUACCAAAGCCACCAGAGCAUGAGACCCCAGCCCCACCAUUCUUCUGCUGAGAUGCUCCACCAGAUGCACCAAGCCCCAGCACAUCAUUCCUCUGCUGAAGUGCUCCAUCAGUUGCAACAGUCCCAGGCCCACCACUCAUCUGCAGAGAUGCUCCAGCAGAUGCAACAAGCCCAUGCCAACUACUCUUCAUCAGAAAUGCUCAACCAAAUGCACAAAACCAAGGCCCAUCAUUCUUCAACAGAGGUUCUGCAACAAGCUCACCAGAUGCAGCAAAUGCAGCCCCAGUACUCUUCAACCGAACUUCUCCAUCAAGCUCACCAGAUGCAUCGGGGGCAAGCGCACCAUUCAUCCACUGAGCUGCUCCAGCAGAUGCAUAAACCCCAGGCCCACCACUCCUCUACAGAGCUGCUCCAUCAAGCCCAUCAGAUGCACCAAACUAAACCCCAUCACUCCUCCACAGAGCUUCUGCAUCAAGCCCAGCAAGAGCCUGCCUCUCUCCCAGUUCAGCUAAACCGGGACUCCCAUCAGAGCCGGAGAAGUCUUAAAGGUCAUCAUCAGACCCAAGCGUCACCACAAGGGAGACACCCAGAGCAGCCCAUCCACCAAACACAUCACCCACAGCCCACGAAGCCCUCUCCUCAAAGACCCCACUCUAUCCAGCAGACCCACCACCACUCCAGCACACCUCAGAUCCACCACAUCCACCAUAUGACCCCACAGCCCCCUCCACAGGACUACCAACACCAGAUUCAUGUCAUCCACCCUCCCCAGCAGCCCCACAGGCCUCAGCCCCUUCUCUCUACCUUUCAGCCGCUCCAACCGCACCAGCCCACUCUCUCCACUUUCCAGCCUCUGCCCCAACACCACCAAGGCCAGUCCUCCACCCAGGCUACCCGUCCACAGUCCCAGCCCUCACAUCACCUGCUGCAGUCGCCACACCAGACCCAAACUCAGUCCCACCAUAAGCAAUCCCAUGGCCAGCCCCAGUCCCUCCCCCACUCUCUAUCUGACCCCUCAGAGCACCUGGAGCCCCCUCCGCCUCCACCCCUGCCCCCACCCUGCUCCCCUCCACCUUUGCCCAGGCCUUCGCUCCACAGGAUGGACUCCAACCAUAUGAGUGUGAAGAGGUUGCGCUGGGAGCAGGUGGAAAACUCAGAGGGGACUAUCUGGGGACAGCUGGGGGCAAAUUCUGACUAUGACAAACUGCAUGACAUGGUGAAAUAUCUGGAUCUGGAGCUGCACUUUGGGACACAGAAGAGCUCCAUGCUUGCUCCAGAGCCCUCCACCCAGCCAGAAACCUUCAAGAAGAAAGAUGUGAUCGAAAUUCUGUCCCAUAAGAAGGCCUACAAUGCCUCCAUCCUGAUAGCUCACCUGAAGCUGUCACCUGGGGAGCUGCGUCAGGUGCUGAUGAACAUGACCACUGAUAGGCUGGAGCCAGCCCACAUCAAACAGCUGCUGCUGUAUGCCCCCGAUGCAGAGGAGGUCAAAAAAUACGAAGAAUACAGACAGGACCCCAGCAAACUCAGUGAGCCAGACCAGUUUGUGUUGCAGAUGUUAUCAGUACCAGAAUACAAGACCCGUCUCCAGAGCCUCCUCUUCAAGUGUUCUCUACAGGAGAAGACGGAGGAGUUGAGGGGAGCGUACGACUGUCUCUACAAGGCUUCGUUGGAGCUGAAGACAAGCAAGAAGUUGGCUAAGAUACUAGAGUUUGUGUUGGCGAUGGGGAACUACUUGAAUAACAGCCAGCCUAAAACCAACAAGACUACAGGCUUUAAGAUCAACUUCCUUACAGAGUUGAGCACAACUAAAACAGUGGAUGGAAAGUCGACAUUUCUACAUAUUCUGGUCAAGUCCUUAUGUCAGCACUUUCCGGAUGUGUUGGACUUUGCCAAAGAUUUAACCAUGGUUCCUCUUGCAGCCAAAGUAAACCAGAGGACUAUCACAUCAGAUCUGAAUGACCUUCAUACAACCAUCCAGGACAUUCGCUCAGCCUGUCAGAAGAUGCCUGCGACUGCUGAGGACCGUUUUGCUGUCGUCAUGAGUAACUUCCUGGAAAACAGUCAUCCAGCAGUCCAGUCUCUGGAGUCCUUGCAACAGAGAGCUAUGGAAGAAUUCAGCAAAACUGCCUCCUACUUUGGAGAAGAUGGCAAAGCCACCAACACCGAGGCCUUCUUUGGUAUCUUUUCUGAGUUCAUGAACAAGUUUGAGAGAGCGCUCAGUGAAUGGCAAGCUGCAGAAAACCUGAAGAGCCCCAGAAGUCCACGAAUGGCCUCCCCACUGGCCUGGUAACACACACACACACACACACACACAAAACAAGAUUUUAUGAAUAAAUGUGUUUUUGGUAAACCUAAGGGAGAGAGAAACUUUUGCAUCAAAGAUGGACAAGUUAGCUUUAUACCAGUGGUAUAGUAUAAACUGUAUAUCCUUUCAAAACAAAACAGAGUUCCUGUUGAAGUCUAAAACUUUAAUGGCUACUACAUAGAAAAGAACUUUGUUUGGCCGUCAAGGUAUCUCUACUAUAUGAAAGAUAGUUACUCAGUAACGUCCGUGUAAGUUUUCUUUCUCUCAGCCAGAGUUCAGGUCACGUCUGUACGUGUGGUAUUACUGUUCUCCAGUCAAAUCUUUGUUAUAUAUACAUGAAUAAGACAUAGACUUACAAAAAUAAAUCUGAUCCUGAAAUAGAUAUUUAAUUAAAAAGACAUUCACAUUCAUUCGGUGGUUUGAAAGAAACUGCAAAAGCACUUUUCCUGUUAGUUUACAUUUUCUGUACAUUUUCUGUUUUUGGAAGCUGCCCACCACACUGAAUGUAAUAUAAGUUCUGUAGCUUAUUUCCUCAAGUAAAUACUCAUUGAAAUCAGCCGUCAUGAUGACUUAUCAUUUACUGCAUUGUGCCCCACUGUCAGCGGAUUUUCCACAUUCCUUCCAUGUCCAUAAUAGCCAUAUAAUUUCUUUUUUUUCUAAAUGGUAUCAUUCUUGUUUGAUACUUCUAAUAACUUGUAUAUAUGAGACAAUGUCAGUGGGAAGUUGGCACUUACUACUUGUUUUUAUAAAAGACAAUUUUAACUGUUCCAAGGACAAUUUUUAACCCAUCAUGAACAAAGUAAUUUAAGGGAAUAGAAGUGGGAUUGCAGAGGGCAGUGUGCAAUAUGUGAAUGUUUAGCUGUGUUUCAGCGUUGGAUCUUUAAACUGUAACAGAGAUAUAUUGUGUUUGUACUCAUGAGACAAUACGCCAUAAUAUGCUGUAUGAAGCCCUAUAAUGUGUUGCCCAAAUAUUUAUUUUAUGGAUGUGUCAAAUGGACUGACCAUAAAGUUGUACCACUGAGAGGACAGCAAUGUCAUUAAGUUUCGUGUAGCAGAUGCAGCAUUUUACAUGCUUUCCAAACAAUUAAUACUGCAGCAUAUGAGCUUCUGAUGUGCCAAUGCUCUGUAAAACAUAAAGCUUAAUCUUUAAGUGGUGUUUUUAAAUGGUAAGGCAAAUUACUCUAAGAAUAAUGUGUGCAGCUAGCAAAAACAUUGUUUUCUAAUGGUUUAAGUUGUUUUUCUCUGCUUGAAUUACAGAAUGUAAACCUCUAAAGCUCUGCUGUCUAUUUAAGGCCUAUAAAGUAUUAAGUCUGUAUUUUGUAAUGUUGUUCUAACAAUGGUGACGACU